AUGAUCAGGCCAGGAACCGCUCUUCGGUGGCAAAAGCCCACUGUGCGGCCCGAAGCCUUCUCCGUCCCCUCCGAAACGCCUUGGGAACGGAAGCGAGCGGCUCGGCAACUGCCGCCUCUGCAAGAUUUUCUUCGAAAGCGAGACUACCUCGGAGCAAUUACACUGCUCCAGUACGAGCGAGAACAGGGAAUAAAGCGACCAGAGCUGCGGCUUUGGUUUGCCUACUGCUACUUCCACGCCGGGUUGUAUCCGAAGGCGAUCCAGUGUUUAGACCGGCUUCUCCAGAGGGGAAAACGGUGCCCAGAAAACGCACAGAAUCCCUGCGAGCGAGAAUCAGCGAAGCCGAAAGAAGACGCUGCGAACCGUCGAGAAGCGCCGGUCUCUGACAACCCAAGCGUUGGGGUCGAACGCCUAGUCUCUGGAGCUGCUGAGCCCGUGCCAGCGAAGAGCGACAGCGAGAAGCGAGGCAUCAACGACCUAGACAGUAAUGUGCCACGGGGCACAGUGUCAGCAUGCGAUGAUGGAGAGGGCACCGAAGAUGAGCAGACUGAUGACGCUGCUGACACCCCUGAGAGGACCAGCAUGCUCCACCUGUACAAAGCUAUCUGCCUAUAUGCUAUGUAUAUGUUCGAGGCGGCGAAGCAGGAAGCCUUGCUUGCGCAGAACACAAAGACGAGGCGUCGCCUGCUUGCUUGUAUCGCACACCACGAGAAAGACGAGGGCUUAGACGAAAUGCUGGAGGAAUUAGAUGAAGAAGAUUUCCAUGACCAAAUGACCACUGCUGCAGUGGAAUACAUGCGGGGGCGCACAGACGUCGCGUGCGACAUUUAUCGACGGUGGCUCUCUCACCACUGCGAAUACCACGCCUUGAAAAUUUACUACGCAAUGGCUGCUUUCAAAGGGGAAAUGUUCGAAAUAGCCCGUGGUCUCGUAAAGGAAUAUCAAGCAUGCCACAGCACUUCCCUCGUCGCCUCUAAUCUCUUUGCUUGCUGCCUCUACGAAGAAGACGCAGACGCCAGCGCACUAAAAAUUUAUCACUUGUUAGGAGAGGAGGCAGGCAGAGAAGAGACUUUCUUCAUCCAGCACAACGACAUCCUUCGACAUAACGCGUGCGUGUUCGAGAACGGUGCACGGGGUCUCCAAGUCUGGGGCCCUCUGAUCAACAUUCUUCCUGAAGCAAGACUGAACCUCACUCUUCUUCAUAUUCGCAACGGUGAUUACUCCUCAGCUUUCGAUCUCAUGCGCGACUACGAGCCGACCACUACGACUGAUUUUACCAUUCGAGCUCUUGCAUUCAUGCUCUUUGGGCAAACUCAAGAUUCGGAAAAGCAUCUAAGUGAAGCGGAAAAAAUGUUCCGGACCGUCGGCAGUGCUGAUUUAGAGGUUGAAUCACUUCCAGGUAUGCAGAGUAUGUUCUACUACUACUUUCUCCGGGGAGACUACGAUGCAGCACUCGACUACGCCAGCAGACUGGAGCCGUACUUCAGCAGCGAGCCUUCAUAUCAGUGGAACAAAGCCCUGGCUUUGGGGCAAGAAGGACGCUAUGAAGAAGCAAAAGAGCUGCUUUUGAGGAUUGACGACGAAGAGUACGUGUGGCAACUGAGAUAUGUCAAAGAUCCUCUUUUUUUACGCUGGUUAUGCCGAGUUUACGUUGCAACUGGAGAUUGCGCUCAUGCCUUACAUCUCUGUCUUCAACAAAGCGAUAGCUCUCAGUUCCACACGCUUCUCAAAGAAGUGGCCGAUGACUGCUAUGCAAUUGGGGACUUCUACUUUGCCCUUAAGGCAUUUAGCCUCCUGGAUACGGCAGAUGGAAACCCCCUACUUUGGCCUGCUCUCAGAGGCUCAGCUGCCGGGUUUCUUCUGAAGCUCAGCGCCGGGGACGAGGACAUCACAAGACUGCAGGAAGUUGUGUCCUUGGUACGGGAAUGCUCUGCUCCAAAGGUGGCGAAGAUCGCAGUCGCUCUAAGGGAACUCGGUCGCCAGAGGGGGGUCCUCAUUGACUAG